AUGUCGACUAAACUAUCGAGCUCACUUCAGCACGCGGAUCGCCUCGUCGCGGUGCCACUCCUUCACUGUCUGCGGGUCGGCGUGCCGGAUCGAGGUCCUGACCUCCUGCCCCGAGGCAUUGAACAAAUCGCCGGGGCACAGGAUGAGAACGACGCUGCAAUGUGCUCCCGGAAGCGACUAGCCCUCGAGUCGCCAUCUUUACUAUUAACCAACGCUUCCUCCGUCGAUACCCCUCCAGCUAAGCCUCUCCUGCCCCCUCGCGACGAGGGCGACGACGCGAGACUGACUAUCGUGUUGGACCUGGACGAAACCCUAGUCUGCGCGUACAACGCGGAGGACGUGCCGGAAUCCGUCCGUCAAGCAUCCGCCGCCAGCGGCGUCAGUAGCUUCGAGCUCGAAUGCUUCACAGCAGACCUCGACGCGAGCGGGGAACCGGAGAGGGCGCAGGUGAUGGUGUUCGAACGGCCGGGGCUGCGGGAGUUUCUCAGACGCGCUAGUCGCCUGGGCGAGCUCGUGCUCUUCACUGCUGGGCUGGAAGGCUACGCUCGGCCGCUAGUGGACAGAAUCGAUCCCGAUGGGCUCAUCUCAGCUCGCCUCUACCGUUCCGCCACCGUCUCCAUAGGCACGAGGCAGCACGUGAAGGACCUGGCAGGGUUGGGGCGAGAUUUGCGCCGCACAGUGAUCAUAGACAACAACCCCUUCGCCUUCCUGUUGCAACCAGUCAACGGCGUGCCGUGUGUGCCUUUUUUCGGGGGCGAGGGGUCAGACAGACAGUUGCUGCAAGUGCUGCUGCCACUGCUCGAGACCCUGUCCAUGCACCCACACGUGCGCCCCUUCCUCUCCUCGCACUUCCACAUGCUCCUGAGGCUGCACCCUCUUCCCCUCCCUCACACUCCCCAUUUCCCCUUCCAGUUGCUGCAGGUGCUGCUGCCACUACUCGAGACCCUGUCCCUGCACCCAGACAUGCACCCCGUUCUCUCCACCCACUUCCAUUCCCCGUUUCCCUCUCGUUUCCCCUCUCGUUUCCCCUCACGUUUCCCCUUCGCCCCCCUCCAGUUGCUGCAAGUGCUGCUGCCACUGCUCGAGACCCUGUCGCUGCAACCAGACGUGCGCCCGUUCCUCUCCUCGCACUUCCGCAUGCCCCUGUGGCUGCGAGCACAUGGGGUGCCAGUGGUUGACCACCACCCAACGUAG